UUCAAUUACUGCGGAACAUGAGCAAAUGCUUUUCACGAUAAUGCAAGGUGACGUUAUGAAGCUUCCACUGUAGAGUUCCUAGAUAUCGUUUCUGCAUAAUUAUUUAUUUCAUGACGAACUUGAAACAACUCACCUUUCUUUUUUUUUUUUCCUUUUUUACCGUCACUUCUCUCUCCGCAGAAUAUUCUGCGUACUUAAUUUUUUUGUCAUAAAGGUCAUUGCCCUUUGGUGCGUGACAGUUGAUACCAGACAGUGAUAUUAUAGCAGUUCUACAUAAAUUCGUUGAAGCGUUUGGAAAGUUGGGCUGCUAGGUAUGCCGACCCUGGUGCACUGAACCUCUUUAUGAAGUUUGCGCUAUUACAACUGUUGUCCCUAUGUCACACGACGUCCCCUCUUUGUCACCCGAUGCCCCCUCUCAGUGCGACUGAGAUACUGCUGCGGUUGGAGUGCACGCGCUCAAAAAAAAAAGAAAGAAAACAGUUAAAUAAUCUCCUCGUAUUCAUGGCUCUGCGUGGCAGACACUCUGCGACAACGUAUUAUCAGUAUUGUCCGUUUGCCACUGUGCCGCCUUCGUCUCAGCUGUCUCACACACACCUUACCACCUUUGCUUCAGCCAGAACAGUGGAACAGAACAGAAGCGACGACCGGUCAAAAUGUCGGGGCCUGCGCAAGACAAGCGGCAGUCCGCGGAGAUGAUGUUCGACGCGGAGAAAGUGUCAGCCUACUACGAAUCUUUCAUGCACCACAGCCGCGAAGCCAUGAAGGUGUUUCUGGAGCGAUACAAGGAUUCUUUCUUUGCGGUCGAGAACGGUGCCCAGUGUGAGGAUCACCAGUGGUUGGACGUCGGCUGUGGUCCAGGAAAUUUCACUAAGAACUAUUUGCUCCCGCACGCACCUUCGUCCUUGCGAAGACUGGUGGCGGCCGAUUUCUCACAGGCCAUGCUGGAUCACGCCGCAAGAAACCAUGCACAUCCGAAGAUAGCGUACCGCCUUCUCGACAUCGCAAACGACAAAGCCGUGGUGGCGUUUGCCGCGCGCGAAGGUCUCUUCGAGCGCGUAUGCUGCUUCCUAACGCUGCAUUGGAUCCGCGACAAGGCGGCCGCCCUCAGGAACAUGGAGCAUCUCACGGCCCCCGGGGGAGAGUGCUUGGUGGUGUUCAACACGCGCGUGUCUCUGCAACAGGUGUUACGUGCCAUGAUUGCGUCCGGCAAGUGGAAAAGGCACGAACACGUUCUCGAAUCUGCUCUGCCGGAGUCCUGGGAGUUUUACGACGUUGACACCAUGGUGUCAAAGCUCGAAGGACUAGUCGCAUCAACAAGCCUGGUGGCCCUGUCGUGUGAAGUUGUGACUCUGCAGGUCGGGAGCCCCGAAAUCGACCUAGAAGUGCGUGCUCUGUGUGCCGCUGUACCGAUAUAUCCGCAUAUGAAAGAGGAAGGCAAGGCCGAAGUGGAAGAGUUUGUCAGAAACUUGGCUCUCCAAGACGGCUGCGUGAACUUCUCGGUUACGGGCAUAACGCACCAACUUAGGUGCGUCAUUCACGCCCGCAAACCAGUAUUGUCGAGUUAAGAAGAGGCAAUUAGACCUGGCACAAGACUUCUGUGCGGCGUCUGCAACAUCCACGGUUGUCAAUAAGACCAAGAGUUCAAAUAAACUUUCAAGUCUAGAAGAUCAGGCCAA